AUGGGCGGCUUUUGUUGUGUUUUGGGUGCUGCUAGCGUUGUUGACUGCAAGCUGCACCUCACCUCCUCGCCGUCAAGCGUCAGCCUUCCUCUUCCCUCCUGCAAAAUAACCCCACGUCUACCUCAUCCAAUCCACCUCACCCGCCCAGCCAUCCAUCGUCGUGCGCUGCGACCCGACCCAUGCACCACCUGCUGCUGCUGGUGCCGCCCCGAACGAACGCCGCCGAUACGCUCGCUUGCUGAGAUCCAGCAGGCCGUGAGACGGAAACCCGAUUGCGACGCACGUACGUAUCAGUUUUCAGUUCCCCGAUCCUUAGUCGAACCCAAGCACACGCAUGCGCUGCGCUGCGCGGCUGCAUUGGUUGGCGACGCAGCUCCCGGCGCGCAUCCAAGGCUUUUCCAAGGCGUGAGCCACAGACACAAGAAAGAAGCAGCACCGAUGCGCCUCUGUGUAACAUCACAUCCGCCGUCGCAAUCCGUCGUCGCGACGCCUUGUCUUGUCUCUGGCGCUCCAGCCCGCUCUCCUCCUCGUCUGCCUGCCCGCCUGCCCGCCUGCCCGCCGUGCCGCACCCGCCGUCCCUGUCGCGGCCCAGGUCCCCCGUGUCCCCCUUCCUUGCCAUCCCUCCCCCCCUUCCUCCCCGAACGCACGCCCCCCACCAGUCGCGCGGACGGCGCAUGCGUACAGUCGUUGGACCAAGGCCGGUUGGCUGACUGGCCCUUCGGCCUCGCAGACAGCAGAACGAACGGCUUAGUUGUUUGCAACGUACGUGCUGUGCUUCUGUCACCGCGGUCACCGCUCCGCACACCGUAUACGCACCGUCGGCACGCACACACGCUCACCCAACGAACGGAUGCUGACGCCUGGAUGUAG